CACCACCUUUCAUCCUCUUUUCUCUCUAAACAUUUUCUCGAUAUUUCCGUCAAAACAACCAUGUCUGCCUUCACCAGCAAGUUCGCCGAUGAGUUGAUCACUAACGCCGCCUACAUCGGCACACCCGGAAAGGGUAUUCUCGCCGCCGAUGAGUCCACCGGAACCAUCGGAAAGCGUCUUGCAAGCAUCAACGUCGAGAACGUUGAGUCCAACAGACGGGCUCUCCGUGAGCUUCUCUUCACCGCCCCUGGUGCUCUCCCUUGUCUCAGCGGUGUCAUCCUCUUCGAGGAAACUCUCUACCAAAAGAGCUCCGAUGGCAAGCUUUUCGUUGAUAUCUUGAAGGCAGCAGGAGUACUCCCAGGUAUCAAAGUCGACAAGGGUACCGUCGAGCUAGCCGGGACCAACGGUGAGACCACCACUCAGGGUCUUGACGGUCUCGGUGAGCGUUGCAAGAAGUACUACGAAGCGGGUGCACGUUUCGCCAAGUGGCGUGCGGUUCUCAAGAUCGGCGAGAACGAGCCAUCAGAGCUGUCCAUCCACGAGAACGCUUACGGUUUGGCUAGAUACGCUGUUAUCUGCCAGGAGAACGGUCUUGUACCGAUCGUUGAGCCUGAGAUUCUUGUCGACGGAUCCCAUGACAUCCACAAGUGUGCUGCUGUCACCGAGCGUGUCCUUGCGGCUUGCUACAAGGCUCUUAGCGACCACCAUGUUUUGCUUGAGGGAACUCUCUUGAAGCCUAACAUGGUCACGCCUGGAUCCGACAGUGCUAAGGUUGCACCAGAGGUGAUCGCUGAGUACACCGUCCGUGCCCUUCAGAGGACGGUCCCAGCAGCUGUUCCAGCUAUUGUCUUCUUGUCUGGAGGACAGAGCGAGGAGGAGGCGACCAAGAACUUGAACGCCAUGAACAAGUUGCAGACCAAGAAGCCAUGGUCGUUGUCUUUCUCGUUCGGACGUGCGUUGCAACAGAGCACUUUGAAGACAUGGGCGGGUAAAGAGGAGAAUGUCAAGGCUGCUCAAGAGGCCUUGUAUGUGAGGUGCAAGGCUAACUCUGAAGCCACGCUUGGAACUUACAAAGGUGAUGCUAAGCUUGGUGAUGGAGCCGCAGAGAGCCUUCACGUGAAGGAUUACAAGUACUGAGAAUCGUUGUCGAUGGUUUCUGUUGUGACGUUAUGAUCCGCAGAGAGCCUUUACUUACAUUAUUGGGUUUUUCAGUUUCCUAUGGAUUUGUGUUUUUAUUUUUGUUGGGUUGUUUUAUUUAGAACUGAGAAUUUGCAAACCGCCCAAAUAAGAAGCCAUUUGAGGAUUUCUGUUGAACUUCAACACCUCUUGUUUUGAGGAUGCAAGAACAGCUUUUGUUGUUCUGCUUAUUAAAGAUUAAUCUGUUGUCUCUUUGUUCUGAUUUCCGAAUAAUUAUAGCACAAUAAUCUGCUAUUCUUUGAUAAAAAAAAAUCUGC